AUGUCUGCUCCCAAAAUCAUCCUCUACACCAGCCGUCUGUGCCCUUGGGCUCACCGUGCUCACAUUGCUCUCAACGAGCUGGGCCUCGAAUAUGAAGAGGUUACCAUUGAUCUGAACACACCUCGUGAACCUUGGUAUCUGGAGGUCAACCCUCGUGGCCUCGUUCCCAGUCUCUCAUACAACGGCAAUGUGAUCACUGAAUCUGGCAUUGUCGCCCAGUUCCUCUCUGACGCUCACCCCUCCACCCUCCUCCCCCCAUCGGGUCCUGCCGAGAAUGCGCUCUUCCGUGCUCGAGUCGCAUUCUUCGUUGAUGCAUAUUUCAGCAAGGUUCAGCCUCAUUUCACUGCUAGCUUGCGCUCUGCUUCUGAAGAGGAGCGUGAUGCCCAUGGUGAGGCAUUCGUCGCUGCUGUCGUAAAAGAGAUUGAGCCUCUUCUGGCGGAUACAGACGGCAAGGGUCCUUUCUUUGGAGGCAACGAGAAGAUUACUCUCGCUGAGGUCCAAACUGGAUCCUUCUUGAUUCGUGUCUUGGGCUUCACAAAGCCCGAGCAUGGAUUGAUUAGUGCCAAGCUGCCUGCUCUGCUGGAGGCACAGGCACCACGAUUCAAGCGUUGGGCCGAGGCUACCGUUGCGGAGGAGAGCGUGAACUUCAUCUUUGACCUGAAGGUCAUUGCGGACCGAACACGCUCUCGUUAUGCUCCUAAGAUCUAG